AUGACUCAGGCAUUAGGAAUAUCUUUACAACGACGGUCUCAUCUGGAACAACCUACAACAGGAUCAUUUAGAAAACCACUUUGGGUCACGGGUUUUCUCAUCUAUACUGUCAGUAACUUGGUCGCCUCUACUUGUACUAUUGCUUUUUUACCUAUUGUGGUACUUGCUCUUUUGGGUUCCAUUGGUCUUGUCUUUAAUGCUAUCUUCGCUCGAUUAGUCCUUGGUGAUCCUUUCACUUCAAGAACUAUUAUAGGUACAACCUUGAUAGUAGCAGGGGCUAUGUUGGUGGCAGGUUUUGGAGUGGUGCCUGAACCAAAUCAUACUUUACAAGAUUUAAUUCAACUUUACAAACGGCCAUCUUUUAUCAUUUACUUUGCUUUGGUUGAAUUUUGUAUUUGUUUUGGCUUGAUUCUAACUCAUUUGAUGGAAUAUGGUCUUGAACGAAAUACUCAAUGGCAAAUUAAGUAUCCUGAUUUGAAAAUGUGGUUGGGAAUUAGUUUUGGGGUGUUUGGUGCCAAUAUCAGUAGUCAAGCCAUGUUAUUUGCUAAAAGUGGAUUGGAAUUAUUAAUCUUGACGGUAUUUCAUGGUGAAAAUCAAUUUAUCUAUCCUUUGACUUGGGUAAUUGUGAUUGCUUUGAUCUUCACUGCAGUGUUACAGCUUUAUUAUUUGAAUCGCGGUGUCCAAUUAUGUGAUACCAUUAUCCUUGUUCCUUUGAAUUUUUGUUCAUUCAAUGUAUCUUGUUUAUUCAAUGGAUUGGUGUAUUACAAUCAAUGGGAUCGACUCUAUUGGUGGCAAGUUGUCUUGGUAUUGGCAGGGAUUGUUAUUCUUGUUUGGGGGGUGUUAAUCAUCUCAUUUAACACCACAACCUCUUUCUCUCCUUCAUCUGAUAUAUCCACAAAGACAUCACAUUCUCCUCCUCCUGUACAACCUCAUGUCUCUUCUUCUUUGGCUUCGGAUCAUCCAGUGUGGCAAAAACUCUAUAAACGGAUACAUCACUUCUUUUCUGCAAAACUGGAUCAACGUGAUGAAACGACACCAUUAUUACCCGCAACUUGA